ACGAUGAAGGAUUCGGAAAGUCUCCUGAAGGAUGUUUAUCAUCGACAUGUCCGUCACUAUAAUACUAUACACAUUUGGUUCCAUCACUUCGAAAAGGACGACUUUUCUCUCGAUGACCAAUAGACCCCAUGAAUUGGAUUUGGAUGAGUUGAAGAAAGCAGUGGCAACGGAUCCUUUCCAAACCUCCCGUGAGCUGUCAACCGCACUUCAAUCCUAUCAAACCAUCAUCGUACGGAGCUGGGAAGCUCUUGGAAUGAAGAAAAUUAUGGGUCGAUUCAUACCUCACUCUUCGACACAAGCCAACCAUGAUUUUUGAGUAGAUGAUUCCAUUUCACCCCUCACUCUCCAUGAGGCCGAUCGAUGUUUGGGCCGACUCAUCACUGGAACCGAGAAGUGGGUCCUCCAUGAUAAGAACCACACGCGUGCCCAGUGGUUUGUAGAAGGAGAAGCCCCACAGGGUGCCGCCAAACCCGACCUUCACCCCAUAAAAGUCAUGCUCUCAGUGUGGUGGGGAGUGUACGGCCCCAUCAACUGGGAACUGCUUCCUGGGCAAAAUAGUUAAUGGGGACCUUUAAGUUAUCUAACCACAAAACCUAAAGAACAUAUUCAAUCGUUCACCCCUGAAGGACGAGCAACUCUACUUUCAACAAAACAACGCUUAUCCCUACGUCACGAAACAAGUAUUGCAGGAACUGGUCAGGUAUGAAUGGAUGAUUUACCUUCACCCACCGUAUUCUUCAGACCAUGCCCCAUCUGCAUACUGACAGUUUUCAGAUAUGACUCGUGAUCUCUGGGAAAGAACCUUCAAUGCCCAUGGAAGUGUCGAAUUGGCACUCAAGCAUUAUUUCGACUCGCGCCUGGAAGGGUUCUGUGAGCAGGGCAUUCAUAAGUUGCCCACACGUUGGCAGUACAUUGCUGAUAAUAAUAGAAAAUAAAUAUUAUUCUGUCGUUUCUCUUGCUCCGAGAAAUAAACGAUUGAAAAAGUCACAAAGACUUCCGGU